AUGAAUGGGAAAUGGAUUGUGGAUGACAAUUGGGAAUAUAGUGGCCAUACAAGGCAUAUGGGUGAUUUUAAUUAUCCAAGAUUAGCUUACUUUGGUGCUGCAAUAUCUGGUUCAAACAAAGUACAAUGCCAACAAGUGCUUGAAGAGCUAGAUGUUUACAAACAGUUGAGACUUAGUCUUGAGUUAUUAAAGAAAGAAACGGAGAUACAUAGGAUUCAAGAAUCCAUAGCAAAAGCUAUUGAAGAGAAAAUAAGCACCGAACAAUGCCAUUACUUGUUAAAUGAGCAAUAUAAGGCUAUAAAAAAGGAUAUGAGCAUGGGCACAUCAUGGAACAUUUUAGUGCAGUUGUUGGUCUUCCUCUUGGUGAUCCAUCAAUGA